GCGGAGGAGAAGAAGGAGCAGGUUGAGUUGCCGUCCUUCGCAAUGGAGAUCAGAGAUCCUGAGACAAAGAGGCAUCUGUCAAAUCUCCCUCAAGAACUGCCUUUCAGGAGGAUCCCUCAGGAAGAUCCAAUUCAGGACACCUCAGGAGGGAAGCAUAGAAGGAAGUCGACUCUUUGUUUAGGGGGAGCGGAAAUCGUGAUUGAACCUCCAACUCAGGAGGUUCUUCUGCCCUUUGAGGAAGUGGCUGUUUAUUUCUCCGAGGAGGAGUGGUCUCAACUGGAUCCUGACCAAAAAGCUCUGCAUUGGGAAGUCAUGCUGGAGAAUUAUAAGAAUGUGGCCUCUCUUGGUGAUAAUGAGAAUUAUAAUAAAGACUCUGCAGAACCAAUCAAAGUGUUCAGAAAAGGAGAUGCUAUGGAGAAACCUGCAAUUCAAACAGAUUUCCAAAGGCAGGAGAGAAACCUGUUGAAUAAUUGGAAAAAGGAAAGCUCAUGUCCUUCGACUGUUACUAAAAUGCAGGACUUUUCUGAUCAACAAGAAAAACUAAAGGAGAAAUAUACUGAGAAAGGUGUAAGAAUCUUGAAAGAGACAUUAGAUGUAAAUGGACCCUGUCCAUCACAAGCCAAAGGAGCAGCCAAUAUGGACAAAGACAGAGAAAAAAAAUACAGGUGGAUGUUCACACUUUCUCAAGAAAAUGGGUCUCUUGAAUCACAGAAAAGUUUUCACAUUGGAGAGAAGACAAAUAAAUGCAAUGAAAAUGAAAGCAAAACUGAUAAUAAAAGGACCUCCAGAAAAGAGAAGCCAUAUAAAUGCAUGGAGUGUGGAAAGGGCUUUUUUCAAAACGGUCACCUUAUUACCCAUCAAAGGAUCCACACAGGGGAAAAGCCAUAUAAGUGCAUGGAGUGUGGAAAGGGGUUCAAAACAAGCAGUGAACUUAUAUCCCAUCAAAGGAUCCACACAGGGGAGAAGCCAUAUAAAUGCACCGAGUGUGGAAAGGACUUUAGCCAAAACAUUAACCUUAUUACCCAUCAAAGGAUCCACACAGGGGAGAAGCCAUAUAAAUGCAUGGCGUGUGGAAAGGGCUUCAGAACAAUGAAAGAUCGUGCAACCCAUCAAAGGAUCCACACAGGGGAAAAGCCAUAUAAAUGCAUGGAGUGUGGGAAGGACUUCAAAAGUAGCAGUAAUCUUACACGCCAUCAAAGGAUCCACACAGGGGAAAAGCCAUAUAAAUGCAUGGAAUGUGGAAAGGGCUUCAGAACAGCCAGUCAACUUACAUACCAUCAAAGGGUCCAUACAGGCGAGAAGCCAUAUAAAUGUAUGGAGUGUGGAAAGACCUUCAGAAUAAGCAGUAGUCUUACAUCCCAUCAAACGAUCCACACAGCGGAGAAACCACAUAAAUGUAUGGAGUGUGGAAAGGGCUUCAGAACAAGGAUUAAACUUACAUCCCAUCAAAGGAUCCACACAGGGGAGAAGCCAUAUAAAUGCAUGGCGUGUGAAAAGGGCUUCAGAACAAGCAGUAAACUUACAUCCCAUCAAAGGAUCCACACAGGGGAGAAGCCAUAUAAAUGCAUGGAAUGUGGAAAGGGCUUCAGAAUAAGCAGUAAACUUACAUCCCAUCAAAGGUUGCACACAGGGGAGAAGCCAUAUAAAUGCAUGGAGUGUGGCAAGAGCUUCAGAAUAAGCAGUGGUCUUACAUCACAUCAAAGGAUCCAUACAGGGGAGAAGCCAUAUAAAUGCACGGAGUGUGGAAAGGACUUUAGCCAAAAUAUUAACCUUAUUACCCAUCAAAGGAUCCACACAGGGGAGAAGCCAUAUAAAUGCAUGGAGUGUGGAAAGAGCUUCAGAAUAAGCAGUGGUCUUACAUCCCAUCAAAGGAUCCACACAGGGGAGAAGCCAUAUAAAUGCAAGGAGUGUGGAAAGGGCUUCAGAACAAGCAGUGAACAUACAUCCCAUCAAAGGAUCCACACACGGGAGAAACCAUAUAAAUGCAUGGAGUGUGGAAAGGGCUUCCGAACAAGCAGUAAACUUACAUCCCAUCAAAGGAUCCACACAGGGGAGAAGCCAUAUAAAUGCAUAGAGUGUGGAAAGGGCUUCCGAACAAGCAGUAAACAUACAUCCCAUCAAAGGAUCCACACAGGGGAGAAACCAUAUAAAUGUAUGGAGUGUGGAAAGGGCUUCCGAACAAGCAGUAAACUUACAUCCCAUCAAAGGAUCCACACAGGGGAGAAGCCAUAUAAAUGCAUAGAGUGUGGAAAGGGUUUCAGAAGAAACUGUGAACUUACAUCCCAUCAAAGGAUCCACACGGGGGAAAAGCCAUAUAAAUGCAUGGAGUGUGGAAAGGGCUUCCAAACAAGCAGUAAACUUACAUCCCAUCAAAGGAUCCACACAGGGGAGAAGCCAUAUAAAUGCAUGGAGUGUGGAAAUGGUUUCAGAAGAAACUGUGAACUUACAUCCCAUCAAAGGAUCCACACAGGAGAGAAGCCAUAUAAAUGCAUGGAGUGUGGAAAGGGCUUCAGAAUAUCGAAUGAUCGUGUAACCCAUCAAAGGAUCCACACAGGGGAAAAGCCAUAUAAAUGCAUGGAGUGUGGGAAGGACUUCAAAAGUAGCAGUGAUCUUACACGCCAUCAAAGGAUCCACACAGGGGAAAAGCCAUAUAAAUGCAUGGAGUGUGGAAAGGGCUUCAGAAUAUCGAAUGAUCGUGUAACCCAUCAAAGGAUCCACACAGGGGAAAAGCCAUAUAAAUGCAUGGAGUGUGGGAAGGACUUCAAAAGUAGCAGUGAUCUUACACGCCAUCAAAGGAUCCACACAGGGGAAAAGCCAUAUAAAUGCAUGGAAUGUGGAAAGGGCUUCAAAACAAGCCGUGAACUCACAUCCCAUCAAAGGAUCCACACAGGGGAGAAGCCAUAUAAAUGCAUGGAAUGUGGAAAGGGCUUCAGAACAACGAAAGAUCGUGCAACCCAUCAAAGGAUCCACACAGGGGAAAAGCCAUAUAAAUGCAUGGAGUGUGGGAAGGACUUCAAAAGUAGCACCAGUCAACUUACAUACCAUCAAAGGGUCCAUACAGGCGAGAAGCCAUAUAAAUGUAUGGAGUGUGGAAAGACCUUCAGAAUAAGCAGUAGUCUUACAUCCCAUCAAAGGAUCCACACAGCAGAGAAACCACAUAAAUGUAUGGAAUGUGGAAAGGGCUUCAGAACAAGGAUUAAACUUACAUCCCAUCAAAGAAUCCAUACAGGGGAGAAGCCAUAUAAAUGCAUGGAGUGUGGAAAGGGCUUCCGAACAAGCAGUAAACUUACACCCCAUCAAAGGAUCCACACAGAAGAGAAGCCAUAUAAAUGCAUGGAGUGUGGAAAGGGCUUUAUUCAAAACGGUCACCUUAUUGCUCAUCAAAGGAUCCACACAGGGGAAAAGCCAUAUAAAUGCAUAGAGUGUGGAAAGACCUUCAGAAUAAGCAGUGAUCUUACAUCCCAUCAAAGGAUCCACACAGGCGAGAACCCUUAUAAAUGCAUGGAGUGUGGAAAGAGCUUCAGAACAAGCGGUAAACGUACAUCCCAUCAAAGGAUGCACACAGGGGAGAAGCCAUAUAAAUGCAUGGAGUGUGGAAAGAGCUUCAGAAUAAGCAGUAGUCUUACAUCCCAUCAAAGGAUCCAUACAGGGGAGAAGCCAUAUAAAUGCACGGAGUGUGGAAAGGACUUUAGCCGAAACAUUAACCUUAUUACCCAUCAAAGGAUCCACACAGGGGAGAAGCCAUAUAAAUGCAUGGAGUGUGGAAAGGACUUCAGAACAAACAGUAAACUUACAUCCCAUCAAAGGAUCCACACAGGGGAGAAGCCAUAUAAAUGCAUGGAGUGUGGAAAGGACUUCAGAACAAGCUUUGAACUUACAUCCCAUCAAAGGAUGCACACAGGGGAGAAGCCAUAUAAAUGCAUGGAGUGUGGAAAGGACUUCAGAACAAGCAGUGAUCUUACACGCCAUCAAAGUAUCCACACAGGGGAGAAGCCAUAUAAAUGCACGGAGUGUGGAAAGGACUUUAGCAAAAACGGUACCCUUAUUAUCCAUCAAAGGAUCCACACAGGGGAGAAGCCAUAUAAAUGCAUGGAGUGUGGAAAGGGCUUCAGAACAAGCUUUGAACUUACAUCCCAUCAAAGGAUGCACACAGGGGAGAAGCCAUAUAAAUGCAUGGAGUGUGGAAAGAGCUUCAGAAUAAGCUGUAGUCUUACAUCCCAUCAAAGGAUCCACACAGGGGAGAAGCCAUAUAAAUGCAUGGAGUGUGGAAAGGACUUUAGCCAAAACAUUCACCUUGUUACCCAUCAAAGGAUCCACACAGGGGAGAAGCCAUAUAAAUGCAUGGAGUGUGGAAAGGGCUUCAGAACAAGCAAUAAACUUACAUCCCAUCAAAGGAUCCACACAGGGGAGAAGCCAUAUAAAUGCAUGGAGUGUGGAAAGGGCUUCACAACAAGCAGUAGACGUACAUCCCAUCAAAGGAUACACACAGGGGAGAAGCCAUAUAAAUGCAUGGAGUGUGGAAAGGGCUUCAGAACAAGCAGUGGCCUUACAUCCCAUCAAAGGAUCCAUACAGGGGAGAAGCCAUAUAAAUGCACGGAGUGUGGAAAGGACUUUAGCCAAAACAUUAACCUUAUUACCCAUCAAAGGAUCCACACAGGGGAGAAGCCAUAUAAAUGCAUGGAGUGUGGAAAGAGUUUCAGAAUAAGCAGUGAUCUUACAUCCCAUCAUAGGAUCCACACAGGGGAGAAGCCAUAUAAAUGCAUGGAGUGUGGAAAGGGCUUCAGAACAACGAAAGUUCGUGCAACCCAUCAAAGGAUGCACACAGGGAAGAAGCCAUAUAAAUGCAUGGAGUGUGGAAAGAGCUUCAGAACAAGCAGUGAUCUUACACGCCAUCAAAGGAUCCACACGGAGAAGCCAUAUAAAUGCACGGAGUGUGGAAAGGACUUUAGCCAAAACAUUAACCUUAUUACCCAUCAAAGGAUCCACACGGGGAAGCCAUAUAAAUGCAUGAUGUGUGGAAAAGACUUCAGAACAAGCAGUGAUCUUAUAUCCCAUCAAAGGAUCCACACAGGGGAGAAGCCAUAUAAAUGCAUGGAGUGUGGAAAGGGCUUCAGAAACAGCAGUGAUCUUACAAGCCAUCAAAGGAUCCAUACAGGGGAGAAGCCAUAUAAAUGCAUGGACUGUGGAAAGAGCUUCAGAACAAGCAGUCAUCUUACCUGCCAUCAAAGGAUCCACAUAGGGGAGAAUCUAUAUAAAUGCAUGGAGUGUGUAAAGGGCCUUAGCCAAAAGGCUCACCUUAUUACCCAUCAAAGGAUCCACACAGGGGAGAAGCCAUAUAAAUGCAUGGAGUGUGGAAAGGACUUCCGAACAAGCAGUAAACUUAUAUCCCAUGAAAGGAUCCACACAGGGGAGAAGCCAUAUAAAUGCAUGAAGUGUGGAAAGGACUUCCGAACAAGCGGUGAACUUACAUCCCAUCAAAGGAUCCACACAGGGGAGAAGCCAUAUAAAUGCAUGGAGUGUGGAAAGGACUUCCAAACAAGAAGUGAUCUUACAUCCCAUAAAAGGAUCCACACAGGGGAGAAACCACAUAAAUGUAUUGAGUGUGGAAAGAGCUUUGGAACAAACAGUAAACUUACAUCCCAUCAAAGGAUCCAUACAGGGGAGAAGAAGCCAUAUAAAUGCAUGGAGUGUGGAAAGGGUUUCAGAACAAGCAAUGAACUUACAUUGCAUCAAAGGAUCCACACAGGGGAGAAGCCACAUAAAUCCAUGGAGUGUGGAAAGGGCUUCAGAACAAGGAAGGAUCGUGCAACCCAUCAAAGGAUCCACACAGGGGAAAAGCCAUAUAAAUGCAUGGAGUGUGGGAAAGACUUCAAAAAUAGCAGUAAUCUUACCUGCCAUCAAAGUAUCCACACAGGGGAGAAGCCAUAUAAAUGCAUGGAGUGUGGAAAGAGCUUCAGAACAAGCUAUAUACUUACACGCCAUCAAAGGAUCCACACAGGGGAAAAGCCAUAUAAAUGCAUGGAAUGUGGAAAGACAUUCAGAGCAAGCAGUUAUCUUACAUCCCAUCAAAGGAUCCACACAGGGGAGAAGCCAUAUAAAUGCAUGGAGUGUGGAAAUGGCUUCAGAACAAGCAGUAAUCUUACAUCCCAUCAAAGGAUCCACACAGGGGAAAAGCCAUAUAAAUGCAUGGAGUGUGGAAAGGGCUUCAAAACAAACUGUGAACUUACAUUCCAUCAAAGGAUCCACACAGGCGAGAACCCUUAUAAAUGCAUGGAGUGUGGAAAGGGUUUCAGAACAAGCAAUAAUCUUACAUCCCAUCAAAGGAUCCACACAGGGGAAAAGCCAUAUAAAUGCAUGGAGUGUGGAAAGGGCUUCAAAGCAAACUGUGAACUUACAUCCCAUCAAAGGAUCCACACAGGGGAGAAGCCGUAUAAAUGCAUGGAGUGUGCAAAGGGCUUUAGAACAAGCAGUAAACUUACAUCCCAUCAAAGGAUCCACACAGGGGAGAAGCCAUAUAAAUGCAUGGAGUGUGGAAAGAACUUUAGCCAAAACAUUCACCUUAUUACCCAUCAAAGGAUCCACACAGGGGAAAAGCCAUAUAAAUGCAUGGAGUGUGGGAAAGACUUCAAAAGUAGCAGUAAUCUUACCUGCCAUCAAAGGAUCCACACAGGGGAGAAGCCAUAUAAAUGCAUGGAGUGUGGAAAGGGCUUCAGAACAAGCUGUAAACUUGCAUCCCAUCAAAGGAUCCACACAGGGGAAAAGCCAUAUAAAUGCAUGGAGUGUGGAAAGGGCUUCAAAGCAAACUGUGAACUUACAUCCCAUCAAAGGAUCCACACAGGGGAGAAGCCAUAUAAAUGCAUGGAGUGUGGAAAGAACUUUAGCCAAAACAUUCACCUUAUUACCCAUCAAAGGAUCCACACAGGGGAAAAGCCAUAUAAAUGCAUGGAGUGUGGAAAGGGCUUCAGAACAAGCAGUAAACGUACAUCCCAUCAAAGGUUGCACACAGGGGAAAAGCCAUAUAAAUGCAUGGAGUGUGGAAAGGGCUUCAGAACAAGCAAUAAACGUACAUCCCAUCAAAGGAUGCACACGGGAAAGCCAUAUAAAUGCAUGGAGUGUGGAAAGGGCUUCAGAAUAAGCAGUGGUCUUAGAUCCCACCAAAGGAUCCACACAGGCGAGAACCCUUAUAAAUGCAUGGAGUGUGGAAAGGGCUUCAGAACAAGCAAUAAUCUUACAUCCCAUCAAAGGAUCCACACAGGGGAAAAGCCAUAUAAAUGCAUGGAGUGUGGAAAGGGCUUCAAAGCAAACUGUGAACUUACAUCCCAUCAAAGGAUCCACACAGGGGAGAAGCCAUAUAAAUGCAUGGAGUGUGCAAAGGGCUUUAGAACAAGCAGUAAACUUACAUCCCAUCAAAGGAUCCACACAGGGGAGAAGCCAUAUAAAUGCAUGGAGUGUGGAAAGAACUUUAGCCAAAACAUUCACCUUAUUACCCAUCAAAGGAUCCACACAGGGGAAAAGCCAUAUAAAUGCAUGGAGUGUGGGAAAGACUUCAAAAGUAGCAGUAAUCUUACCUGCCAUCAAAGGAUCCACACAGGGGAGAAGCCAUAUAAAUGCAUGGAGUGUGGAAAGGGCUUCAGAACAAGCUGUAAACUUGCAUCCCAUCAAAGGAUCCACACAGGGGAAAAGCCAUAUAAAUGAAUGGAGUGUGGAAAGGGCUUCAAAGCAAACUGUGAACUUACAUCCCAUCAAAGGAUCCACACAGGGGAGAAGCCAUAUAAAUGCAUGGAGUGUGGAAAGAACUUUAGCCAAAACAUUCACCUUAUUACCCAUCAAAGGAUCCACACAGGGGAAAAGCCAUAUAAAUGCAUGGAGUGUGGAAAGGGCUUCAGAACAAGCAGUAAACGUACAUCCCAUCAAAGGUUGCACACAGGGGAAAAGCCAUAUAAAUGCAUGGAGUGUGGAAAGGGCUUCAGAACAAGCAAUAAACGUACAUCCCAUCAAAGGAUGCACACGGGAAAAAAGCCAUAUAAAUGCAUGGAGUGUGGAAAGAGCUUCAGCACAAGGAGUGAUCUUACAAGCCAUCAAAGGAUCCAUACAGGGGAGAAGUCAUAUAAAUGCAUGGACUGUGGAAAGAGCUUCAGAACAAGCAGUCAUCUUACCUGCCAUCAAAGGAUCCACACAGGGUGGAAUCCAUAUAAAUGCAUGGAGUGUGGAAAGGGCCUUAGCCAAAAGGCUCACCUUAUUACCCAUUAAAGGAUCCACACAGGGGAGAAGCCAUAUAAAUGCAUGGAGUGUGGAAAGGACUUCCAAACAAGCAGUAAACUUACAUCCCAUCAAAGGAUCCACACAGGGGAGAAGCCAUAUAAAUGCAUGGAGUGUGGAAAGGACUUCCGAACAAGCGGUGAACUUACAUCCCAUCAAAGGAUCCACACAGGGGAGAAGCCAUAUAAAUGCACAGAGUGUGGAAAGGACUUCCGAACAAGCAGUGAUCUUACAUCCCAUCUAAUACACACAGGGGAGAAGCCAUAUAAAUGUAUGGAGUGUGGAAAGGGCUUUAGCCAAAAGAAGAACCUUAUUAUACAUCGAAGGAUUCACACAGGGGAGAAGCCAUAUAAAUGCAUGGAGUGUGGAAAGGGCUUCAGAACAAGCAGUGAACUUACAUGCCAUCAAAGGAUCCAUACAGGGGAGAAGCCAUAUAAAUGCAUGGAGUGUGGAAAGGAUUUCAAAAGUAGCACUCAUCUUACCUACCAUCAAAGGAUCCAUACAGGGGAGAAGCCAUAUAAAUGCAUGGAGUGUGGAAAGGACUUCAAAAGUAGCUCUCAUCUUACCUCCCAUAAAAGGAUCCACACAGGGGAGAAACCACAUAAAUGUAUGGAGUGUGGAAAGAGCUUUGGAACAAACAGUAAACUUACAUCCCAUCAAAGGAUCCACACAGGGGAGAAACCAUAUAAAUGCAUGGAGUGUGGAAAGAGCUUCAAAACACCCUAUAGUCUUUUUUCCCAUAACACGAUUCACAGAAGAGAGAAGCCAUAUAAAUGCAUGGAGUGUGGAAAGGGCUUUAGCCAAAAGAGCAACCUUAUUACCCAUCAAAGGAUCCACACAGCGGAGGAACCACAUAAAUGCAUGCAGUGUGGAAAGGGCUUCAGAACAAGCAGUAAACUUACAUGCCAUCAAAGGAUCCACACAGGGGAGAAGCCAUAUAAAUGCAUGGAGUGCGGAAAGGGCUUCAGAAAAAGCAGUAAUCUUAUAAGCCAUCAAAGGAUCCAUACAGGGGAGAAGCCAUAUAAAUGCACGGAGUGUGGAAAGGACCUUAGCCGAAAGGCUCACCUUAUUACCCAUCAAAGGAUCCACACAGGGGAGAAGCCAUAUAAAUGCAUGGAGUGUGGAAAGAGCUUCAGAAGCAGCAAUGAUCUUACAUGCCAUCAAAGGAUCCAUACAGGGGAGAAGCCAUUUAAAUGCAUGGAAUGUGGAAAGGGUUUCAGAAAAAGCAGUGUUCUUAUAAGCCAUCAAAGCAUCCAUACAGGGGAGAAGCCAUAUAAAUGCACGGAGUGUGGAAAGGGCCUUAGCCGAAAGGCUCACCUUAUUACCCAUCAAAGGAUCCAUACAGGGGAGAAGCCAUAUAAAUGCACGGAGUGUGGAAAGGACUUUAGCCGAAACAUUCACCUUAUUACCCAUCAAAGGAUCCACACAGGGGAGAAGCCAUAUAAAUGCAUGGAGUGUGGAAAGGGCUUCAGAAAAAGCAGUGAUCUUACAAGCCAUCAAAGGAUCCACACAGGGGAGAAGCCAUUUAAAUGCAUGGAGUGUGGAAAGGACUUUAGCCAAAACAUUCACCUUAUUACCCAUCAAAGGAUCCACACAGGGGAGAAGCCAUAUAAAUGCAUGGAGUGUGGAAAGGGCUUCAGAAAAAGCAGUGAUCUUACAAGCCAUCAAAGGAUCCACACAGGGGAGAAGCCAUUUAAAUGCAUGGAGUGUGGAAAGGGCUUCAGAACAACGAAAGAUCGUGCAACCCAUCAAAGGAUCCACACAGGGGAAAAGCCAUAUAAAUCCAUGGAGUGUGGAAAGGGCUUCAGAACAACGAAAGAUUGUGCAACCCAUCAAAGGAUCCAUACCGGGGAGAAGCCAUUUAAAUGCAUGGCGUGUGGAAAGGGCUUUAUCCAAAAUGGUAACCUUAUUACCCAUCAAAGGAUGCACAUGGGAGAAAAGCCAUAUAAAUGCAUGGAGUGUGGAAAGGGCUUUAGCCAAAAGAGCAACCUUAUUACCCAUCAAAGGAUCCACACAGCGGAGAAACCACAUAAAUGCAUGCAGUGUGGAAAGGGCUUCAGAACAAGCAAUGAACUUACAUUGCAUCAAAGGAUCCACACAGGGGAAAAGCGAUAUAAAUGUAUGGAGUGUGGGAAAGACUUCAAAAGUAGCAGUAAUCUUACCUGCCAUCAAAGUAUCCACACAGGGGAGAAGCCAUAUAAAUGCAUGGAGUGUGGAAAGAGUUUCAGAACAAGCAAUAUACUUACACGCCAUCAAAGGAUCCACACAGGAGAGAACCCUUAUAAAUGCAUGGAGUGUGGAAAGGGCUUCAAAACAAACUGUGAACUUACAUCCCAUCAAAGGAUCCACACAGGGGAGAAGCCAUAUAAAUGCAUGGAGUGUGGAAAGGACUUCAGAACAAACAGUAAACUUACAUCCCAUCAAAGGAUCCACACAGGGGAGAAGCUAUAUAAAUGCAUGGAGUGUGGAAAGGACUUCAGAACAAGCUUUAAACUUACAUCCCAUCAAAGGAUGCACACAGGGGAGAAGCCAUAUAAAUGCAUGGAGUGUGGAAAGGACUUCAGAACAAGCAGUGAUCUUACACGCCAUCAAAGUAUCCACACAGGGGAGAAGCCAUAUAAAUGCAUGGAGUGUGGAAAGGACUUUAGCAAAAACGGUAACCUUAUUAUCCAUCAAAGGAUCCACACAGGGGAGAAGCCUUAUAAAUGCAUGGAGUGUGGAAAGAGCUUCAGAAUAAGCAGUAGUCUUACAUCCCAUCAAAGGAUCCAUACAGGGGAGAAGCCAUAUAAAUGCACGAAGUGUGGAAAGGACUUUAGCCGAAACAUUAACCUUAUUACCCAUCAAAGGAUCCACACAGGGGAGAAGCCAUAUAAAUGCAUGGAGUGUGGAAAGGACUUCAGAACAAACAGUAAACUUACAUCCCAUCAAAGGAUGCACACAGGGGAGAAGCCAUAUAAAUGCAUGGAGUGUGGAAAGGGCUUUAUUCAAAACGGUCACCUUAUUGCUCAUCAAAGGAUCCACACAGGGGAAAAGCCAUAUAAAUGCAUGGAGUGUGGAAAGACCUUCAGAACAAGCAGUGAUCUUACACGCCAUCAAAGGAUCCACACGGGGAAGCCAUAUAAAUGCACGGAGUGUGGAAAGGACUUUAGCCAAAACAUUCACCUUAUUACCCAUCAAAGGAUCCACACGGGGAAGCCAUAUAAAUGCAUGAUGUGUGGAAAAGACUUCAGAACAAGCAGUGAUCUUAUAUCCCAUCAAAGGAUCCACACAGGGGAGAAGCCAUAUACCUUAUUUUUCAGCAAAUGCAUGGAGUGUGGAAACAGCUUCAGCACAAGCAGUAAACUUACAAGGCAUCAAAGGAUCCACACAGGGGAGAAGCCAUAUAAAUGCACGGAGUGUGGAAAGGACUUCAGAACAAGCAGUGAACUUACAUCCCAUCAAAGGAUCCACACAGGGGAGAAGCCAUAUAAAUGCAUGAAGUGUGGAAAGGACUUCAGAACAAGCAGUGAACUUACAUCCCAUGAAAGGAUCCACACAGGGGAGAAGCCAUAUAAAUGCAUGGAGUGUGGAAAGGGCUUCAGAAACAGCAGUGAUCUUACAUUCCAUCAAAGGAUCCAUACAGGGGAGAAGCCAUAUAAAUGCAUGGUGUGUGGAAAGGGCCUUAGCCGAAAGGCUCACCUUAUUACCCAUCAAAGGAUCCACACAGGGGAGAAGCCAUAUAAAUGCAUGGAGUGUGGAAAGGGCUUCAGCACAAGCAGUAAACUUACAAAGCAUCAAAGGAUCCACACAGGGGAGAAGCCAUAUAAAUGCAUGGAGUGUGGAAAGGGCUUCAGAGACGGCAGACAUCUUACAAGCCAUCAAAGGAUCCACACAGGGGAGAAGCCAUAUAAAUGCACGGAGUGUGGAAAGGGCUUCAGAGAUGGCAGAUAUAUAACACGCCAUCAAAGGAUCCACACAGGGGAGAAGCCAUAUAAAUGCAUGGAGUGUGGAAAGGACUUCAGAACAAGCAGUGAACUUACAUCCCAUCAAAGGAUCCACACAGGGGAGAAGCCAUAUAAAUGCAUGGAGUGUGGAAAGGACUUCAGAACAAGCAGUGAACUUACAUCCCAUGAAAGGAUCCACACAGGGGAGAAGCCAUAUAAAUGCAUGGAGUGUGGAAAGGGCUUCAGAAACAGCAGUGCUCUUACAUCCCAUCAAAGGAUCCACACAGGGGAGAAGCCAUAUAAAUGCAUGGAGUGUGGAAAGGGCCUUAGCCGAAAGGCUCACCUUAUUACCCAUCAAAGGAUCCACACAGGGGAGAAGCCAUAUAAAUGCAUGGAGUGUGGAAAGGGCUUCAGAAAAAGCAGUGAUCUUACAAGCCAUCAAAGGAUCCACACAGGGGAGAAGCCAUAUAAAUGCAUGGAGUGUGGAAAGGGCUUCAGAAACAGCAGUGAUCUUACAAGCCAUCAAAGGAUCCAACGGGAGAAGCCAUAUAAAUGCAUGGAGUGUGGAAAGGACUUCCAAAAAAGCAGUAAACUUACAUCCCAUCAAAAGAUCCACACAGGGGAGAAGCCAUAUAAAUGCAUGGAGUGUGGAAAGGGCCUUAGCCGAAAGGCUCACCUUAUUACCCAUCAAAGGAUCCACACAGGGGAGAAGACAUAUAAAUGCAUGGAGUGUGGAAAGGGCUUCAGAAACAGCAGUGAUCUUACAAGCCAUCAAAGGAUCCACACGGAGAAGCCAUAUAAAUGCAUGGAGUGUGGAAAGGGCUUCAGAAACAGGAAUGAUCUUACAUGCCAUCAGAGGAUCCAUACCGGGGAGAAGCCAUAUAAAUGCAUGGAGUGUGGAAAGGGCCUUAGCCGAAAGGCUCACCUUAUUACCCAUCAAAGGAUCCACACAGGGGAGAAGCCAUAUAAAUGCAUGGAGUGUGGAAAGGGCUUCAGAGACAGCAGUGAUCUUACAAGCCAUCAAAGGAUCCACACAGGGGAGAAGCCAUAUAAAUGCAUGGAGUGUGGAAAGGGCUUCAGAACAACGAAAGAUCGUGCAACCCAUCAAAGGAUCCACACGGGGAAGCCAUAUAAAUGCACGGAGUGUGGAAAGGACUUUAGCCAAAACAUUCACCUUAUUAUCCAUCAAAGGAUCCACACAGGGGAGAAGCCAUAUAAAUGCAUGGAGUGUGGAAAGGGCUUCAGAGACAGCAGUGAUCUUACAAGCCAUCAAAGGAUCCACACAGGGGAGAAGCCAUAUAAAUGCAUGGAGUGUGGAAAGGACUUCCGAAAAAGCAGUAAACUUACAUCCCAUCAAAGGAUCCACACAGGGGAGAAGCCAUAUAAAUGCAUGGAGUGUGGAAAGGGCUUCAGAGCAACGAAAGAUCGUGCAACCCAUCAAAGGAUCCACACAGGGGAAAAGCCAUAUAAAUGCAUGGAGUGUGGAAAGGGCUUCAGAAACAGCAGUGCUCUUACAUCCCAUCAAAGGAUCCACACAGGGGAGAAGCCAUAUAAAUGCAUGGAGUGUGGAAAGGGCCUUAGCCGAAAGGCUCACCUUAUUACCCAUCAAAGGAUCCACACAGGGGAGAAGCCAUAUAAAUGCAUGGAGUGUGGAAAGGGCUUCAGAAAAAGCAGUGAUCUUACAAGCCAUCAAAGGAUCCACACAGGGGAGAAGCCAUUUAAAUGCAUGGAGUGUGGAAAGGGCUUCAGAACAACGAAAGAUCGUGCAACCCAUCAAAGGAUCCACACAGGGGAGAAGCCAUAUAAAUGCGCGGAGUGUGGAAAGGACUUUAGCCAAAACAUUCACCUUAUUACCCAUCAAAGGAUCCACACAGGGGAGAAGCCAUAUAAAUGCAUGGAGUGUGGAAAGGGCUUCAGAGACAGCAGUGAUCUUACAAGCCAUCAAAGGAUCCACACGGGGAAGCCAUAUAAUUGCAUGGAGUGUGGAAAGGACUUCCAAAAAAGCAGUAAACUUACAUCCCAUCAAAAGAUCCACACAGGGGAGAAGCCAUAUAAAUGCAUGGAGUGUGGAAAGGGCCUUAGCCGAAAGGCUCACCUUAUUACCCAUCAAAGGAUCCACACAGGGGAGAAGACAUAUAAAUGCAUGGAGUGUGGAAAGGGCUUCAGAAACAGCAGUGAUCUUACAAGCCAUCAAAGGAUCCACACGGGGAAGCCAUAUAAAUGCAUGGAGUGUGGAAAGGACUUCCAAAAAAGCAGUAAACUUACAUCCCAUCAAAAGAUCCACACAGGGGAGAAGCCAUAUAAAUGCAUGGAGUGUGGAAAGGGCCUUAGCCGAAAGGCUCACCUUAUUACCCAUCAAAGGAUCCACACAGGGGAGAAGCCAUAUAAAUGCAUGGAGUGUGGAAAGGGCUUCAGAGACAGCAGUGAUCUUACAAGCCAUCAAAGGAUCCACACAGGGGAGAAGCCAUAUAAAUGCAUGGAGUGUGGAAAGGGCUUCAGAACAACGAAAGAUCGUGCAACCCAUCAAAGGAUCCACACGGGGAAGCCAUAUAAAUGCAUGGAGUGUGGAAAGGACUUCCAAAAAAGCAGUAAACUUACAUCCCAUCAAAAGAUCCACACAGGGGAGAAGCCAUAUAAAUGCAUGGAGUGUGGAAAGGGCCUUAGCCGAAAGGCUCACCUUAUUACCCAUCAAAGGAUCCACACAGGGGAGAAGCCAUAUAAAUGCAUGGAGUGUGGAAAGGGCUUCAGAACAAGAAAGAUCGUGCAACCCAUCAAAGGAUCCACACGGGAGAAGCCAUAUAAAUGCACGGAGUGUGGAAAGGACUUUAGCCAAAACAUUCACCUUAUUAUCCAUCAAAGGAUCCACACAGGGGAGAAGCCAUAUAAAUGCAUGGAGUGUGGAAAGGGCUUCAGAGACAGCAGUGAUCUUACAAGCCAUCAAAGGAUCCACACAGGGGAGAAGCCAUAUAAAUGCAUGGAGUGUGGAAAGGACUUCCGAAAAAGCAGUAAACUUACAUCCCAUCAAAGGAUCCACACAGGGGAGAAGCCAUAUAAAUGCAUGGAGUGUGGAAAGGGCUUCAGAGCAACGAAAGAUCGUGCAACCCAUCAAAGGAUCCACACAGGGGAAAAGCCAUAUAAAUGCAUGGAGUGUGGAAAGGACUUUAGCCAAAACAUUCACCUUAUUACCCAUCAAAGGAUCCACACAGGGGAGAAGCCAUAUAAAUGCAUGGAGUGUAGAAAGGGCUUCAGAACAAGCAGUAAUCUUACAUGCAAUCAAAGGAUCCAUACAGGGGAGAAACUAUAUAAAUGCAUGGAGUGUGGAAAGGACUUUAGCCAAAACAUUCACCUUAUUACCCAUCAAAGGAUCCACACAGGGGAAAAGCCAUAUAAAUGCAUGGAGUGUAGAAAGGGCUUCAGAACAAGCAGUAAUCUUACAUGCAAUCAAAGGAUCCAUACAGGGGAGAAACCAUAUAAAUGCAUGGAGUGUGGAAAGGGCUUUAUCCAAAACGGUAACCUUAUUACCCAUCAAAGGAUGCACACAGGGGAGAAGCCCUAUAAAUGCAUGGAGUUUGGAAAGGGCUUCAGAACAAGCAGUCACCUUAUUACCCAUCAAAGGAUCCACACAGGGGAAAAGCCAUAUAAAUGCAUGGAGUGUGGAAAGGGGUUCAAAACAAGCAGUGAACUUAUAUCCCAUCAAAGGAUCCACACAGGGGAGAAGCCAUAUAAAUGCACGGAGUGUGGAAAGGACUUUAGCCAAAACAUUAACCUUAUUACCCAUCAAAGGAUCCACACAGGGGAAAAGCCAUAUAAAUGCAUGGAGUGUGAGAAGGACUUCAAAAGUAGCAGUAAUCUUACACGCCAUCAAAGGAUCCACACAGGGGAAAAGCCAUAUAAAUGCAUGGAAUGUGGAAAGGGCUUCAGAACAGCCAGUCAACUUACAUACCAUCAAAGGGUCCAUACAGGCGAGAAGCCAUAUAAAUGUAUGGAGUGUGGAAAGACCUUCAGAAUAAGCAGUAGUCUUACAUCCCAUCAAAGGAUCCACACAGCGGAGAAACCACAUAAAUGUAUGGAGUGUGGAAAGGGCUUCAGAACAAGGAUUAAACUUGCAUCCCAUCAAAGGAUCCACCCAGGGGAGAAGCCAUAUAAAUGCAUGGCGUGUGAAAAGGGCUUCAGAACAAGCAGUAAACUUACAUCCCAUCAAAGGAUCCACACAGGGGAGAAGCCAUAUAAAUGCAUGGAAUGUGGAAAGGGCUUCAGAAUAAGCAGUACACUUACAUCCCAUCAAAGGUUGCACACAGGGGAGAAGCCAUAUAAAUGCAUGGAGUGUGGCAAGAGCUUCAGAAUAAGCAGUGAUCUUACAUCACAUCAAAGGAUCCAUACAGGGGAGAAGCCAUAUAAAUGCACGGAGUGUGGAAAGGACUUUAGCCAAAAUAUUAACCUUAUUACCCAUCAAAGGAUCCACACAGGGGAGAAGCCAUAUAAAUGCAUGGAAUGUGGAAAGGGCUUCAGAACAGCCAGUCAACUUACAUACCAUCAAAGGGUCCAUACAGGGGAGAAGCCAUAUAAAUGCAUGGAAUGUGGAAAGGGCUUCAGAAUAAGCAGUACACUUACAUCCCAUCAAAGGUUGCACACAGGCGAGAAGCCAUAUAAAUGUAUGGAGUGUGAAAAGACCUUCAGAAUAAGCAGUGAUCUUACAUCCCAUCAAAGGAUUCACACAGGGGAGAAGCCAUAUAAAUGCAUGGAGUGUAGAAAGGGCUUCAGCACACCCCAUAGUCUUAUUUCCCAUUACACAAUUCAUAGACUGGAGAAUCCCCAAAACAAUGAUUAAUUUGGAUGAGAAUGUAUGCUAAUUAUUGAUUUAAUGGAUUCUAUGUAUGAAUUUACAAUUUACAGACAGAUCUCUGAAAAGGAUUUUUAAUAAUAAAAAAGAAACAAUGGGCAUGAGCCAUUAUAA